UUUUUGUGGAUCCUUUUAAAGUAGGAGCUUCCCCUCCCUCUCCUUUCAUUAAUGAGUUUGGUGCUUCCCUCAGGAGUCCCUGAGUGCAAGAGAGAGAAAAGAGGUGGGAAUACUGUGGUUUGUGGCCCUGUCCCCUGGGGAAUACCCUCCAAGGCAUCUCUGUAACUGCAGUGGUGAAAUCACCAGCUCCCACGGAACCCGGGGCCACUCCCUUAGAACAUUUUCUGACCAUUUCCAUCCCCUCACUCCUUUCCCUCUGCCAUCUUACAGUACCGGAGAGUCAAACAGGACAGAUUUGCCCCCAACUCUUUCUAUACAGAAUUUUUCUCCUGGAGAAGGAAGAACCACAUAAUUUUUUUUGCAUUCCCCCAUUGCACCUUUACAAUGGCAGGUGGUCAGUAGUUGUUACUGAAUGAAUGUUGUUUAAUUGUGUGGUCAUUCAUUCAUUCAGUAGGUAUUCAUUGAGCAUCUGCAGUGAGAGAGGCACUGGUUUAGAAGCUGGGAAUACAACAGCGAAUCACACACACCCUCGGGGAACUUACGUUCUGGGGGAAACAAACCAAAACCCAGGCAGAUGCAUGGAAUCAUCCUGGAUUCUUUUCUUCUUUUUUUUUUUUAUUUUAAGAUUUUAUUUAUUUUUUUGAGAGAGAGAGAGAGAAAUAGCAAGAAAGAGCACAAGCAGGGAGGAGAGGGAAAAGCAGACUCCCCAGCUGAGUAGGGAGCCUGACACGGGGCUUCAUCCCGGGACUCUGGGAUCAUGACCUGAGCCAAAGGAGACGCUUAACCAACUGAGGCACCCAGGCGCCCUCCAGCAAGGCUUUUAGCACGAGGUACUGGGUGCACAUGCUCCGGCUCAUGCAUCAGGCACCAGGGUGAGUUGAGGCACUCUAGAAGCUCUUUCCAAGGUGCCAAAGGACAAUGGAAUGAAAAAGGUGGAGAAAAACCCAUGGGAACCCAAGGGAAGAAAAACUUCUUGCUGCGUCCCUGAGCCUGAACCAUCAGCAGCAGCAUCGUCAACUUCCUUAUCAUUAUCAUCUUAGCUGAAUCAACGUGGGGCUUGUGUGCAUUGAGUAUUUACCACAUGCUAGACAUUGUGCUCAGUGCUUUCAACAAAGAUUGUGUCAUUCAUUCUCACAAUCUUCUCAUGCUCCAGAGAGGGACAAGCAGACAGAGGACGAAAGCCCUUCGACACCUUCUUUGUCACCCCCACCAGCUGCUGAGAAGAACUCCUACCUGUACUCCACGGAGAUUACACUGUGGACGGUGGUGGCCGCCAUCCAGGCCUUGGAGAAGAAGGUGGACUCCUGCCUGGCCCGCCUGCUUUCGCUAGAAGGGCGGACGGGGAUGGCCGAGAAGAAGCUGGCGGACUGCGAGAAGACGGCCGUGGAGUUCGGGAACCAGCUGGAGGGCAAGUGGGCCGUGCUGGGGACCCUGCUGCAGGAGUACGGGCUGCUGCAGAGGCGGCUGGAGAACAUGGAGAACCUGCUGAGGAACCGAAAUUUCUGGAUCCUGCGCCUGCCCCCGGGCAGCAAGGGGGAGGUCCCCAAGGUGCCCGUGACCUUUGAUGACGUGGCCGUGUAUUUCUCUGAGCCGGAGUGGGGCAAGCUGGACGAGUGGCAGAAGGAGCUCUACAAGCACGUGAUGCGGGGCAACUACGAGACGCUGGUGUCCCUGGAUUAUGCCAUCUCCAAACCAGACAUCCUGACCCGGAUGGAGAGGGGAGAGGAGCCUUGUCCUGAAGGCCCGUGGGGCCAGGAGGAGGGAAGUAAGAGGGAGGCAGCACGCCCAAGGAGGCCAAGUCCUGGCCUCCCUCCACACCCAGAGCACAUCCUCAGCCCCGUCAGCCCUACCCGGGAGGAGCCAAAAGAAGGGCAGGUCCCCAAGCACCAGCAAGACUCAGAGGCAAGAGCAACUGUACCUGGAGUGAGCACGGCCUGGCACUGUGCCCCAAGGGGCCUCCCCAAACCCGCUGUCCUUCGGAGGCCCAUCAGGGUGAUGGAGCUGUCAGCACUGGCCCAGAUGGGAACGGGAGGCGUGGCCUUCACCGCUGUCCUCUCGCCUCUGAAGUGGACGCCGUGGAGUGGGCAGUCCUCCGGACAGAGCCCUGGGGCCCCCUCUUCCUGGCUGGCAUUUGAGCAUGUCCGGGGUCUGCUUAGAGAUGCCCGUGCCGUCCUGCACGAGCCCGGUGUCGGGAAAGGCCCUCACAGUGUCUCUCUCACAGGGCCUCCAGCCUCUGUUAAACGGGAGGAAGAAUCUUCAGGUGGGGAGUCUCCAACCUCCCCUCCUGGGGACAGCCUGCCCGGCAUAGGGCCAGGUGGUGGUGGUGUGGUCAUUAAGACAGAAGCACAAUCUGAGGACGAGAUGAUGCCCGAGCAGCUCUUCCUGGGGGAGUCCCGUAGCCAGCCCGUGUGUAGAAUGCCCAAGGGGCCCAGGAGCAGGACCCCGGGCCCUGGCCGGCUUCAUGCCGCAGGAGUGCCACGGGUGCGGGCGGGGGACCCGCGGCCGCCAGGGGCCGUGGGGGAGCCGCCCCGCAUCCUUCCUCGCCGGCGAGAGCGGACCUUCCCCUGCCCCGACUGCGGGCAGAGUUUCCGCUUGAAGAUUAACCUGACCAUUCACCAGCGGACCCACGUGGAGGAGGAGCACAGGGAGACGCCGGGGAGCCCGCCCCCGGGCUGGGGGGAGGCCCACCCGGCUCUGGAGCCGGGGGAGGUGGUGGUGCCGGGCCCUGUCAUCCGCUGGCUCCCCGAGGAGCCCGGAGGCCACCGCUCCCUGGCAGGCAGGCCGUGCCUGGGGCGGCGGCCGGCGACCAACAAGAUGUACCACUGCAGCGAGUGCCUGCGCUUCUUCCAGCAGCGGAAGAGCCUGCUGCUGCACCAGCGCCUGCACACCGGCACCAGCCAGGGCUGGCCGGCCUGUCCCUACUGCGGCAAGGCCUUCCGCCGGCCCUCCGACCUCUUCCGGCACCAGCGCAUCCACACUGGCGAGCGGCCCUACCAGUGCCCGCAGUGCGGCCGGGCCUUCAAUCGGAACCACCACCUGGCUGUGCACAUGCAGACUCACGCCCGAGGCCAGGCCGGCCCGCACUUCCCUGCUUCCUCUGCCCUCCCUGGGAGCCCCCCGCUGCCCCGGCCCAGCCACAGCCAGGAGGGCUGAGUCGGCAGGAGCCUGCAGGGGUACCCUCCGGCUCUCCUGGGGCACCCCCCGCAGGACUUCUGUCCACCUUCAGGCCUUUCCCCUUGUGCCUGACGCUGGUUCCUCGUUCCAGAAUAACUUUGGAGAAAACUUUUUUUCAUUCAGAUGGGAAGCAGCGGCCUUUUUGGUGACUGUGUGUGUGUGACCAGAUGCCUCAAUUUCCUGUUUCCUAAGUUUGUCACUUUUUGCCGCCUUUUCUACAUUCCUGACUUAGAAAGGAUCCCUUAAGGCUUAGAGGAUGCCAACCUUCGGCGAAAGCAAGAGGAGUGGAGAUAGAGGCCUUUCCAGUAGGGGGCGAUAGAGACAUGGAGGGCCUGCAGUUUUGAUACUGCCCACAGAGGUCACAGCAGAUGGACAGACAGUUUGAAGGGUAGGCACUGGAAAUUUGAGUUUCCUACUGUGUUAUUUUGAAACCUUUUUUUUUUUUCUUUUCCUCCAUACGGAGUUUUUCUAGUGCUUUUGUAAGUGUUAAGUGUGGUUGCAAAGGGGACCAGGAGCCCUGAGGGUCAGGAAUUAUUCUGCCACCUCCUUGUGUGUGGGGAUGGUAGAGGGGCUGUCCAGAUCAGCCCGGGUGUGGGAGGAUGCUUGGCUGCUGCCCUGGACAUCUGGUGCCUUCCCGGGUAUGCGUUCUUUGGCCCAGAAUGAUUUCCAAUAUCCCAACAUCCGUGACUGAUUUUGGUUAUUAGUUGAGAGGGGGAAACUGAGGCCUGGAGUGGCUGACCCUUCCCCCAAGGUCUCAGUAUUAUGGGUAUGCACACUCCAUGGACUGGACCCCGCACAACACUUUAGGGAUGGGGGAGAUGCAGAUCCAGCCCCGGAAGCUCCUCCCAGAGAGGAAGAUCCUGAUGUGGGUGAGGCUGGUCAGCCAAGCUGGAUUCCUGGGCUACCAGGCCUGAAUUGUCACAUUAAAGGAGCAGUUGGUUUCCAAGAAUUUGGGGCUGGUAGCAGAGCUAGGCCAGGAUUUUUUUAACCACCUCCAGCCUCAUGUUCCUCAUCUGUCAAAGGGGGUAAUGACCCCAGUACAUCCUACCUCACCUUAGGGUUUUCAGGGUCAUAAAAGAUUUAGAGGCAGUGGGCCAAACAGGAAGCCUGGUUUUGUCCUUCUUUUCUAGUUCAGCCCCCCCCCCCCCUUUCUCUUCCAUGUUCAUCUCCAGCCCUUUGCCCCAGUCAGAAUCCCUCAGGAAGGACCUUUCUUUUCUAGAGUGAGUGGAAGGUCCCUUGGGUACAGAGUUAGGAGAGACUUUCCCAUUGGGCUACAUCCCCAAGGAGCCCUUUGUAUUUCAGUGGAACAAAUUCUUACCAAAGCAGUGAGGUUCAAACCGUAGAAGUUCGGGCAAUAGCAUCAGGCCUCCUGGAGAAGUCUUGAUGGCAGCUAGCAUCUUGUGCCUCUUAAAUCACACCACUUUGGGUACUGCCUAUAGACCAACCCUUGGUUUGGGAGAUUUAAAACUGGGUCCUCGGCUAUUUUGAUUGUUGUCUUAUUUGCCUUGGCACUAUGUGAAGUGGCAAGCAUUCAGACCUGCUUCCAGGUGCCUGGGUCCCUGGCUCUGCCACUUCUUGUUGCCCCUCUGACCCUCACCCCACAUCCCAAAGGGGCAGAUGGGAACGUUGCCAUCAUCUCUGGGGCAAGAGUGAGUAUGCAAGUCGGUUGAGAGCCCAGCCAAGUUCCCCUGGGCUUGGGAAGAAGAGCUACCACCUUCCCCUGCUGUGCAUUCUGCUUGUCUGCUCCGGCAUCCCCAACCCUCACCAGGGGCCCCACCAGUCAGAGCUGGGCUGUCAGCAAGUGUUCAGACAGGAUAUGGUGCAAAUGGAGCUGCUCUGAGCUUACCCCUUCACUUUAAGAGCUAGUUUCAGGUGUUUCCUGGGGAUGCCUCAAGGCUCAAAGUUCCUAGACCUUUCUAAUGCUUAAUGUCCUGUGUAAACACAGGUACUCCAGCAAUAGCACAAGCCAGGAGUGAUCGCUGGACACAGGCCCUCCCAUUUCUUCCAAAGCACUCAGUGUACCGGGUUCCUGGUUAGGCCUUGUCAGUCUACCUGGCACACAUGCAUCGUGGUGCCGGAGCAGAGCGGUGCUCCAGAACCCUGGAGGCUAGAACCUGGUUUGGCCUUCGACUGGCUCCUAGCUCUGCGUCUUGGCUUCCUCAUUUGUAAACAAGGAAGGGUGGGGUCCUGGUGCUAAAGGCUCUUAAGAACUGUGACGGUGGCGGCCCUUUGCCUUCAUCGGUGCUCAAUAAAUAUGUU